CUCUGUCAUCCUGGCUCAAUAGAACAUCAUUUCUGGCCUGGACCUCCAGAGCGGUCUCCCAGCUCCCACCCUGUGUUCUCUGCUUUAGUUUCCACACAGCUGUCUGUUUGUGUUAAAAGGAGUCAUGCCACUUCCCCACUCAGCACCCUAAAUGCAUUAUCAUUUGUGCUUAGAAAACAGUCCAAACUCUAUAUCUUAGCUAUCAGCCCCUGUAUGAUGUUGGCCCCAAUCUCUCUCUGUUUUAUCCCCUACUGAAUCCCUCAUGCAUGCCACCCCAGUCACCAGGUCUCUUUCCUGCCUUGAAUAUGCCAAGGUCAUCCUCACUUCAGUGUCUGAUCCUUGACUCUCAUCUCUGCUGAUAAUCUUUGCAUGACUCAUUUCUACAUCACAUUUACAACUCAGCUCCUCCUCUGAGGAGAUUUACUUGAUUGUGUGAGCUACAAUAGACAAUUCCACAUCUUCCUAUUUUAUUUCCUUCACACUACUUAUUAGAUGUAAAAUAAUUGUAUUUACAUUACUUACCCUAUCUCCUCCAAUGAAAACAUUCCCCUGUAUAAUUAGUGCCUAAAAGAUGACUACAAAGAUAGAUAAAUAGGUUAGUGGCUGGAUGAAAGGAUUGGAAGUAUAGGUGAGAGGAUGGGUGAGUAGAAGGAAAAAAGAUGGAUAAGUGUGUGGUUAGAUGACAAGCAGAUAAAUAGAGUAGGUAUAUUGAUAGAUGGAGAUGGAAAUGGGCAGGAGAAUAAUAGAGGGAUGGAUGAAAAGGUGGUGAUGGAAAAAUGGAGGGAAGGAUGAGUGGAUAAGUAGGGGUAUGAGGAAAGAUGGGUAGAUGGAUGGAGGAAUUAAUAGAUGGAAGGGUAGGAAAGUUAAUGAUAGACAAAUGGAGAAUCGAUAGAAUGGUUAUGAAAAGUGUAGAUGGGUUGAUGAAUGGUCGCUAAGCCCCAGUGAAUGGCAUGUGUCCGUGGGAUUGACCUUUUUUCUUUGUGAAAUAGAAGACAUAUAAUCUAAUGUUAUGAGAGAGGUGGAGAAUAGGAGGAGUUUGAAAAUGUUUGAGAAACAGAGGAGGAGCUAAUUAGGGGUGGUAGAAAGCUGAAGCAAUGUUGAAAGCCCAACUGUGCUGAGAAAAGUCCAUGUGUAGGGGGCAGUGGUGAACAAUAAGAGAGAGUGGGGCUCAGAGUAACCUGGCCUCCUCAGUUAGGCUACAGCACCCUUCAUGGAUCUCCUUCUCCUUGCAGAGCAUCUGCUCCCACCCUUCCAUCUCCAAGAAGGAAAGGUGAAUCUUAUUGAGAACAAGUUCUGUAAUAUGUUAUAUGAGCAAAGACUUGGUAAAGGCAAGACCUACCCUGUGCAUGAGGAGAUGCUGUGUUCCGGGGACUUCUUGACUGGAAAGGCCAUCUGCCAAGGUGAUUCUGGGAGCCCCCUCGUCUGUGACAUCCUCAAUGCCUGGGUUCUGGUAGGGCUGGCCAGCUGGGGCUUGGACUGUCGGCACCCCAUCUACCCCAGUGUGUUCACCAGUGUCACCUACUUCUCUGACUGGAUCAAUGAGAUCCAGAGGAUCACACCUCCUCCUGAUCCCACAGCUGCUCUUCCUCAGACCCCAUUACCACACCAGCCUCUACAGGCUACAGGCUCUUCCAGGCCUGGCAUGGCAGUCGUGCCUACACUGACCUGGCUCUCACUGCUAUCUGUGCUCAGGGCCCAGGGGCAGGCCCUGCAGUGA